CACUGACCUAAAAUUGACUGUAUUUUUUGAAUAAACAUUUCCAAUGUACUCAGAUUUGGCACUCUCAUGGGAGACAGAAGAGCUGAAGAUUAGAACAGAGAUGGGAUCUUUCUAUCUUUGCUCCGCCUCGCCAUCAUCAAUGGCAGCUUCAAAGCUCCAAUUUUCUUCGAAACCCCUCAUAUUCUCCGUCGGCGGCGGCAGAAUGCCUAAACGCCUUUAUUUCCCGGGGAACAUGUCGUAUUCCCAAAGCAAGGUGGUUUUCCGUUCAUCUCCUCGAGCUGAUGGCUCGGCCGAUUCCAACUCUCCGGCGAGGGACGCCGGCCCAAGCAAUUUUUGCAUUAUCGAAGGACCGGAAACUGUUCAAGAUUUUGUUCAGAUGCAACUGCAGGAAAUUCAGGACAACAUUAAAAGUAGGCGCAAUAAAAUUUUUCUCCUCAUGGAAGAAUUGAGGAGACUAAGGGUGCAACAAAGGAUUAAGAGCAUGGAAGGUAUAGCCAUCAAUGAAAAUGAAAUGCCAGAUAUACCCUCGUCUAUUCCCUUUCUGCCUCACGUGACACCCAAGACAUUGAAGCGGCUUUAUUUGACCAGUUUUUCAUUUAUAUCUGGAAUUAUAAUUCUCGGGGGCCUCAUUGCACCAAUUCUUGAGCUGAAAUUGGGUUUAGGAGGCACCUCGUACGAAGAUUUCAUACGCAACAUGCAUUUGCCUAUGCAGUUGAGUCAGGUGGAUCCUAUCGUGGCCUCGUUUUCUGGUGGGGCCGUGGGGGUUAUUUCGGCAUUAAUGCUGAUAGAGAUUAACAACGUUGAGCAACAAGAGAAGAAAAGAUGCAAGUACUGCCAUGGAACUGGCAAUAAUAUUACAUUAGAAUACAUUAUAGGUUUUAACGACCUGAGCCUUUUCUUGGUGAAUUACUUAUAUAAACGAUUAUUGAUAGGAUACUUGGCAUGUGCACGUUGUUCGGCUAGUGGCUUGUGCUUGUCGGUCGAGCCUAUAAUAUCAAGUGCUUCUGAUAGCCCUUUGCGUGCCCCAACCACUAAAAGGUGUCCAAAUUGCUCUGGGGCUGGAAAGGUGAUGUGCCCGACUUGCCUUUGCACAGGGAUGAUGAUGGCGAGUGAACACGAUCCUCGAAUAGAGCCGUUCGACUAGAUAUAUAUAGAAGUGUUUGCCUAUGUUUUACGUAGUUGAGAAGAAAGGGGCUCCUCAUAGAAUAGAGAUUUGAAAGAAAUAACAUGAAGCUAUCAAGUGUUUAGUUUGUUUUUGAGCUGUUUAUGUUGUCUUUCAAGAUUUUGUAAACCUGUUUGAUGUGUUAACCAAAAAGGUGCCUCUUUAACAGGUUGUCAAAUUACUUAUGUUAUGAAAUGUUAUACCUUUAUUUUUAUUGAUUUUUAGAUAUUUGAUUUAAAUUGAAUGUAUUGAAAAAUAUGACAUUUAAAUUUGUUAUAUGUGCC